AUGCGUUACUCUACGCUCACCUCUACUGUCCUUUUGGCGGUGGCAACAGCUCCCGCGCUCGCUCACCCGGUCACCAUUCGUGCGACAGAGGAUGCCUCCCUCAUUGAGCGUGAGCUCCAAGGCGGACUGGUGGAGCGCGGCUACUACGACGACCUCCUCACUCGGGACCUUGAGGCGCGCAAAAACGCUGACGAUGUUCAUCAGAGUCAUCCGUCAGCGAGCCAGGGUCACUCUGCGGGGACUUCCAACGGGGCAGCUCACCACUCACAUAUGCUUAUGGCUUCGCUAGGCCGGCAGUCUGGGCCUAUACACCACUAUGUCUGGUACCCGGGGACUGCCCAUGAAUAUCCACAUCAGCGCCCUGGGUAUAGGCCUCCUAAUAGUUCGCCUCAGCACUCUGGGUCUAGGCCUAGUUCGCCACGCCCGCAUCCACGGGAGUACGACCUCGGUGGCGAGUUGUUCAUUCGCACGGCCGAGGAUGCCUCUAUAGUCGAGCGUGAGCUCCAAGACGGACUGGUGGAGCGCGGCUACUACGACGAUCUCCUCACUCGGGACCUUGAGGCGCGCAAAAACGCUGACGAUGCUCAGCCGUCCGCGAGUCAAGGGCAGGGCCAUCACGAUCAAGGUCGGGGUCGGAGUCGGGGCCAGGGUCCCUCUGCGGGGAGAUCCAACGGGGCAGCUCACCACUCCUCUGCGGGGACUUCCAACGGGGUAGCUCACCACUCCUCUGCGGGGAGUUCCGCUCACCGCUCCGGGUCUAGGCCUGGUUCGCAUCGCCUGCCGCCGGACAUGCCGAGACGUGGUGUAUGGUAUCCCCGGGAGUACAACCUCGGCGGCGAGUUGUUCAUUCGCACGGCCGAGGAUGCCUCCAUAGUCGAGCGUGAGCUCCAAGACGGACUGAUGGAGCGCGGCUACUACGACGACCUCGUCUCUCGGGACCUAGAGGCGCGCAAAUCCCCUGAUGACUCUGCGGAUAAGGCACGCGCCGCGAAAGUGGUUGCCAAUAUAAGGGCGGACCAGGCGCUUCGGCGCAUGCGGACACAGACCCUUUCGCGGGCGGCGCGCGGGGGGUACUUGCACGUCGUGACUGCGCCGUCGCAUCCUGUGCCGUAUGAGACGCAUCCUCUGAUGCAUCCUGCGCAUAUCGGUGGCUCGGGGCAGAACGGCGGCUCGGGAGCCCAUCCCCAUCCCCGGGAGUAUCAGCUCGACGGCGAGCUGUUCGAGCGUGGCUUCGAGGUAGACGAGCUUGACUGA